CGCAUGAAAUCAUGCCCCAUGCCCCCAUCUUUUUCCAUCCGAAUGAGGAGCCACGAAAUGUCGCCCCAUGGUGCAUAGCGCGGCACUGAGCUCGUCUUCUUAUUAGCUCUUCUCCGCCGUAUCAUUUCCACCCUUCUCCAACUUCCAGAAAGCUCAGAGAGUAUCAUUGGGUGCGCCGACAACUUAUAUGCCGUACCGGUCAUGACGCCCUUCGAGCACGGAGAAUCGAACUAGAGACACACCGGCGGCAGGCAAGCAUGAGUUAGCCACUCGCAAUUCGACCAGAAGCAGACGAAGAAACGGCUUCUACUUGGGUGCAGAAGGACGGGGCUAGCCGUGGAGGGAUCGGCAGUGAUCUUCCAGAUUCCUCAUCUCCCAGAGAUCACCGGAUCGGGAAAGGAUACGCGUGUAAUAGAUACACAGAGAGAGCUCAGCUGGUUCAGCACCUCUUUGGCAUGAAUACUCCGGCUUUCGAAUCGGUCACCAUGAGCGUCGCGCCCCUCCACGGAGUGCGGCCUGUCAUCAUGUCGCGGCCCCAGGUCGGCAUCGAGCGACUACCGAGUCGCCGCAUGAGCAAUGAGCCCCGAGAAGCGAUGAACUGCAAGUCGUGUCGAAAGCGGAAAAUCAAGUGCAACCGACUGCGACCAUCCUGCGAGGCCUGCCAGGUUUUCCAGUGCCCGUGUAUCUACGAUGCUGUACCGAAGAAGCGAGGGCCCAAGACAGACGUGUUAGAAGCGCUGUUGAGGAGAGUGGACGGCUUGGAGGCCCAGCUUAAGGAUCACAGGAAGACAGACGCCUCGCCGACCGCGGAGAAGCCCGCACGCGCUUCGACGGAAGAAACGCCCUCGACGACGGAAUCGACAGUGGCCGACUCAGAUUCCGAACCCAACCCUAAGCGCCUGGCUCUAGAUACUACUCGAGCAACGGAGAUGUCUGCGGAGUCUGCCGCAUAUUCGCCCACACCGGCCGGCGAGCCGUCGCCUGUAGUCCAGGGAGACGUGCUCCUGGAUACCUACUUCACUCGGUUGCAUGGAAAGCCCUACUACGUCCUCGACGAGUCGUCCGUCAGACAGCGGUUGCAGCUCCACCAGCUGCCCAGUUAUCUCAUACACGCCAUCUACGCUGCUGCGGCCAGAUACGCACCCCAUCCGGCCGGGCACCAGUCCGCCGUCAAGCUAAGCGAGAGUUACGCGUCGCGGUCGAGGAGCGAGAUAGAUACGGACGAGCCGUCCAUCGACGCACUCCAAGCCCUUCUUCUCCUUUCCGCGGCAUUCACGGCAGCCGGCAAGGGAAAGAAGGCCUACAUGCUUAUGACCAACGCCAUCGGUAUGGCCAUGGCCCUGGAGCUACACCGAGAGGUCGGCAUACAAGCCCGGAUAACCGCCGUGGAACGCGAGAUGAGGAGGCGACUAUUUUGGACCUGCUAUCUGCUCGACAGGUUCGUGGCCUGCGGCUCGAAGCGGCCGUGUCUGGUCAACGACAAGAUGAUCCUGCUCCGUCUACCAUGCUGGUCACCAGGCCCCUCCGCCUUCCCCGUCGAAGGUGAAUUUUUCCAGAACGGUUCGAAUGUUCAGCAGCUACAAGGCAGCGUGAGGAAAUCCCAGGGGAGCAGCGGUAUGCUCAUCGACAUCAGCCGCAUCCUCGGCACGACGAACAGAUACCUCGCAGCGGGCGGCGUCAAGGGCGAUUCACACUUCCCUUGGCACGCGCUCUCCAACCUAUCCAAGAUCAGGCAGGAUCUCGAAAUAUGGGCUUCGGGAACCGACAACGUCUUCUCGAGCGUGGAUACGUUGUUCGGCCAGCCGGACUCGACCGUCCUCGUACUCAGCAAGCUCGUCUACCACCUCAUCCACUGCCUCAUCUACCGGCCUUUCCUGCCGAUCGACCUCGCCGAACUGGCCGGGACGGGGCAGCACCAGUCGUGGCAGAUCGAGGCUACCAACAUCUGCUUCCUGCACGCCAACGCCAUUGCGGAGCUCGUCGAGCUCGGGAAGCAGACGGGAUCUAUCGAGUGGCCUGCCUUCGUCGGAUACUGCAUAUGCACUGCCGGCACGGUCCACAUUCACGGGGCACACUACAUCAAGAACGGGGCGGGGGAGAGUCUAGGCGUGUUCGCGUCGUCGGCGGACUUCCUGUCCCGGGAGAUCAACCAGUUGACCGAGCUCAGCUACUCGUGGGCCAGCAUGCAGCACCAGCGCGAGACCCUGGAGGGUGUCUACAACGCCCACGUCGAGUUAGUGAAGGGCCUCGCGAACAGCUCGAUGCGCUAUUCGCCAGCCUUCAACCUCGAGGACUUCUUCGACCGCUACGCCAGCGUGAGCAGGCCGGGUGGACAACCCUUUACGUUCGACGCCGCGAAUCUCAACAUGGCAGAGGUCGCCCUCGACUUCGCCGCGGACGCGUACGGGACCCCUGAGCUGUACACCGCCUCUCGGGCGAACGGAGAUCCGGAGAAGCCAGGGUUGAAACGGAAGAGCAUUUCGGGGGCUGGGCGGAAACGACCCGACAUUAGAAGCCUCUCGUUGGCCCAUACCGCUCGCGAUGGUCCCCUCUCGCCAGGCCUGCCCACGCCUGGGGGCCAUCCCCGGCACUUCUCCUUCUCUGCCGCCUCCCACCACUCACCCAUGCUCCAUACGCCUAACUCGGUCCCCCCUCACGUGGAGAACUUGCAGACAGGGUCCUGCGCAGCCGCGAACCCAGCACGAAACCCGAUGAUGGAUGACCCAGCUACGAAUGUCGCCGUCGCGCCCACCCCCAUCGCCACUCCAUCCGCCCCAUUCGGGCCGACACAUCACUUACAGACGCAGCAGAUGGAGGCACUUCCGGCGACCUCCUUCUCGCCGUCCUACCACUACGCCACGCCCAGCCCGAGCGGGGACACAGAGACCAAUCUCGGCGUCCCCAACUACGAUCCGAUGUUCGGCACGGUCCCGACCAACUCCUUCUCCUCUCCCACGCCUUGGCACGGCGACGAAGACCGCGAGCGGCGGCAGCAACAUAUGCACCAGCAACAUGCACAUCCACAUGCACAUCAGCAGCCACAGCCGCAAAUCGCGCCGAGCCCGGGCGCGAGGAGUCUCAACGACAGCACGGGGACCGGCCCCGCAGAGGAGAAGGACCCCUUUCUGAGCCUGCUCGAGCAGCUCGCGGAGAACGAGCACGCCACAGGCCAGGGCAAGGAGAUCGACUUCUUCCUCGCCGGCGUGCAGGGGUAGAAGAAGGGAGCGCUGUCGCUCUGUAGCAUUCGCAUACGCACACACGCACACCUACACUUACACAACGCGCGCGCGCACAGCACACAUACAUGCGCACACACGCAUGCAGACUUCUCACAGGGGAGGGGGGCGAGAGGGGGUGAAGGUGGAGAUGGAUAUUGAUUGAAGCGGUAUAUGACUAUGAGACACCACGAAAACGGUUCUAUUCUACGACGGACAUGUACUUCUACUUCUCCCUCAACUUCUGCUUCUGGGUA